AUGGGGAAUGAUGCAGUGACGGUCUCGUCUGGAGAUGAUCAAGAGAAGGCCGUUCCGAUGUGGUUGAGGCCGAUAGCGAGCGUGAAGUUCCACGGCCCGUGCGACAUUCAUCUCUCUGAAAAGCUUGAUUUCUACUGUAGGGUCUGCAUGAUUGCUGUGUGCAAAGGGUGCAAGAAGCAACACGAUCUAUUCGAGCAUGAGAUGAUAAGGGUAUAUAAAGUUGCCAAAGACGCGUUUUUCAAAAUGAAGGACUUGAAAUCGUUGUGGGAUAUUUCCGAUAUCCGUCCACACACUAUCAACGAGAAUGCCGUUGCCUUCGUACACAAAAGAGGAGACGGAAUCCCUCGCCCCUACGAUCUGAACAGCGAUGUGAAGUGCGAAACUUGCCAUUUCCGACUUCGGUCGUCGGGCGCCAAGUUUUGCUCCGUGGAAUGCAAGGUUGAAGCUGUGAUGAAGAUGAAUGGGAGUGAAAGUAUGAAGAACGAAGCGAAGAGGAAGGUGGAGACCAUAUCGGAGGGGAGUGCUAGCAAUGUUCAGUCCUUCCGGAAACGACCAAGACAGUAG